CACAGGGGACACGAAGACCACUGCCUGGAUCUUAGCAGGCCAUGCUGUCCCGGGUGGUACUUUCUGCCGCCGCCACAGCGGCCCCCUGUCUGAAGAACGCGGGCGUCCUGGGGCCAGGGGUAUUACAGGCAACAAGGGUCUUUCACACAGGGCAACCAAGUCUUGCCCCUCUACUACCUCUUCCUGAAUAUGGAGGAAAAGUACGCUUUGUGAUCCCUGAAGAAUUUUUCCAGUACCUUUACCCUAAAACUGGUGUAACAGGACCCUACAUGCUUGGAACUGGGCUUACCUUAUAUUUUCUGUCCAAAGAAAUAUAUGUGAUUACCCCAGAGACCUUCUCUACCAUAUCAGUAGUAGGGUUGAUGGUCUAUGUGAUUAAGAAAUAUGGUGCUUCUAUUGGACAAUUUCUUGAUAAACUUAAUGAGGAAAAAAUUGCACAACUAGAAGAAGUAAAGCAAUCAUCCAUCAAACAAAUACAGGAUGCAACUGACAUGGAGAAGGCACAGCAGGCUCUGGUUCAGAAGCGCCACUAUCUUUUUGAUGUUCAGAGGAAUAAUAUUGCCUUGGCCUUGGAAGUCACAUACCGGGAUCAGCUACAUAGAGCGUAUAAGGAGGUAAAGAAUCCUCUGGACUACCAUAUUUCUGUACAGGAUAUGAUGUGUCGAAAGGAGGAAGAGCACAUGAUAGACUGGGUGGAGAAGCAUGUGGUACAGAGCAUUUCUGCACAGCAGGAAAAGGAGACCAUUGCCAAGUGCAUUGUAGAUCUAAAGCUGCUAGCAAAGAAGGCUCAAGCUCAGCCAGUUAUGUGAAUGUAUCUAUCUCAGUUGAAAUGGCCAGAGAGAGU